CCCAAAUCUCCCUCCAACCCCAAAGCUUGUAUCCUUCACUGAUAAAAAUGCAAACUUCAUCCGAACCCACUGAAAGCUUCCAUUUUUACAAUGAACCCAAAACCCCAAAUCACUAAACCCCCAAAACCCGACCCAAUGUCCCCGGAGCGCCGACCAUGGACCAUCGAUCCCGACCUUGACGGGAUCGACCUCGACGCCGCCGACUUCGCCUCCUCCCUCCCCCUCAAGAAAGUCCCCAACGGCGACGUUUUCGAGGCCUCACGCGCCGGCGACCGCCUCCGCUACCUCCUCGAGUCCGGAGUCAACGUCAGCGCGCGUGACCGUUGGGACUCGGUGGCGCUCUACUACGCCUGCCUCGCCGGACAUCUUGAGGCGGCGCGUAUGUUGCUGGAGAGCGGCGCUAUUUGCGAGGAGCAUACAUUUGACGGCGAUCGGUGUCAUUACGCCGCGCUGAAUUUGAAGGUGAGGAAGCUUUUGAAGGCGUUUGAGGCCAGGCCGCCGCUGCAGGCGGCGAUGAGAGAGACGUUCUUGGGCUGUGCGGCUAAUUGGGCCUAUUUGGAGCAGUUGAGUUGCACAAAGUUGAUCAAAGCUAGAAGGGGCUCAAAUCCGUACAACUUUGUUUGGCCUGAAGUAGUUCUGGGAUUUACUGGAACACGCAUAUCGGCACAUGUAGGCUUGAAGAGUUGAACUAAUUUAUUCACCAUGUACUAUUGAAUUUGUUAGAUUCAUCCUAUCAGGAUAUGCGGCAAGAUGAACAUCAUAGCUUCCAAUAGGAGCAGCUCAUUUCCCCAUUACCUCCACAGUAGAAGUCUCUUGUCACAUAUCUGCUCAUUCAGAGUUGCCAUUUUUUUUUUGUCAAAAUGUCAUUGAGGUAGAUCGUGAAUGAAUGCAAGACGGCACAGAAAUAUGAGCAUGUCCUUGGCCAUUGUUCAUGCCUCAUAGGUUCGAACGCGCUAGAAACAUUGUUCAUGUUCUCCUGUGUAGACAGUGUAGCCGAAAUGUAAAAACUAUUCUGUAAUUAUCUCUGGAUGCGAGUUCACUGAUUUGCAUUU